GCGACUUCUGGAUGAGCAACGGGACUCUGAAGUCAGUUAUAAACCAGCUCAAGUCUGACAAGUUAAAAGACAGGCAACAAGGACUAUCUUCACUUCGAGAAGUUUUCAGUCGAAAUUCCGUUGUAGAUAAUCUUGAUCCAGAUGGAGAUGGGAAGAGUUGGCUCGUUGUGUUCCAAGCUUUGUUCACAGCUGUGCUGAAUGAGCGAAGUGCGGCACUCAAGAAAGGCGGUUCCGUUGCUGCAGCCGAACGGAGGUUGAAGGAAGCGGCCUCAGCAGUGCGCUGGCUCACAGAAAGGAGUGUGACGCAUUGGGCGACAAAGGUUGCAAAGCCGCUUGUGAAACACCUUUUGCAGACGAUGGUACAUGGUGGACAGCUCUUCGCUCCAGUUGCGCUUGACUAUGUGAAGGCCCUCCGAGUCAUAUGCUCCUAUGCUCCUCACCGAGAUCAUCUCAUGAUGAAUGCUGGACAGUGGAUGUCAAUAUUGUCGUUGAGCUUUGCGGUCGUUCUUGAUGAUGAUCUUAAGACAGGAUUAGAAGACGAGCCAGAGGUCUCAUCAGAGGUCGAAGUCAACUUGGUUUUAUCGGAGAAUGAGGACUCUCCCGCACGAAAGCGCAGGAAACUUGAAACCCAGGAUACUGGUAGGACAACUCCGAGACCCUCUGCGCCUCGAACAGUGUCACCUGAACAGAUUGAAUUCGUCGCUCUCAUCGCGAUCCUGUUGCGAUCCCCACGAAUGCGGCUCGUCGCCGCCGAACACCAAAGCCUAACCGGCUCUGUAUUGAAUCGACUCAGUCGUUUUUUCAAGUUGUAUCCUGUUGAGACUUCCGCUCAUUUAGAUGCGAUCGGGGCUGUUCAAGCGACACUAGAGUCUGUAGCUCUGAACGCCCGAGAUGAGGUUAUUAAAGUUGGUAUCAACGUGUGGGACCAUUUCAUUCAGCUUUGGUCAACGAAGAGCCGGUCAUUGAAAGAAGGAAUUCUUAUGGCCUUAAAAACGAUGCUCCCGUAUGCCGCACACGCAGAAGGGAUUCAAUUUGAUAAAGCAGAAGGAUUCAGCAAGUUAUUACGACAUCUCCUCGCGGACAACGGAUCUCGCUGGGGAUUCGAGGAGCUCAGUCUUGACUCGCUUCGGUUGGAAGUUGCUUCGAUUCAAAACGAACAGCCUUUUGUAGCACGAACAUUCAGGGCAGGAUUCAAUUUUUCUGCGACUCAGGCAACCAGCUGGGCUAAUUUAGAGUUGAUGGCAGACGUUAUUAAGGAGCUUUAUCUAGUGACCGAGUCAAGCCAUUCAUCUAUUACCGAGAGCAGACGGUCACGGCUGGAGAACCCGAUAAAGUCGUUAUUACAAACCAUUCUACAACCAAGGGCUAUUCGUGGAAAAUCUUUCGCUCUGCAAAGUCUCUUGUUUGUCAUUGAACGACACUGGACGGUGUUACAUGGAGAGAUGCAACUUGAAGUCAUCGAUGGCCUCUUUCAGAUGAUCACGACGGACGACACCAGAAUUCAGUCCUGGAUUUUCUGUUGCCUGGCUGCAACCGCAUACGCAGACUCCAUGAAUCCGAACGGACCGCUAGAGCCCGCAACAGCUCGAUGGGAUGCUAUCUGGAGCCAUUCAAUGCGACGAACAAACGCACCCUCGAUAUGCCGUGCUGCGUGUCACACCGCGAACGCUCUCUUAACGUGCGGCAAAGUACCCUUGACACGUAUUCUGACAGAGAUCGAGACUAUGGCACAGGAUAUCAAUGUGCAAGGUCCCACUGCACCAUACGAUUCCGUCUGUGCGUUCCUUGGACGCUGUGUUAGAGUCGCUAGUCAAGAUACUCGGCUUCAUCGGAUGCACCUUGAUGACAAGGUGCUAAGUUGGCUCAUUGAGAACUGGAACGUGCUGAGCGGUGUAUCGAGGUCUGCGUCAAGUCUCGCACAACUGCGUCUUGUACAGCAUACUAUUCAGGACAUCCUUGGCCUGCUGGAAUGUGCGUGCGGAUUCUUUGACACAAGCCAGUUGUAUUGUCCCAUUCCUUUGCCGCGGCAUGCUAUUGUAGAUCUAAUCCAGACACAGAUGGACACCGCAGCCAUUCAAGAGUUCCUCCUUGACGCUCGUUUCCCGCAUACUCAAGCGAGCUCGCAUUUGCAGCUUGCUCAGCCUUCAAACGCACUUUCAUCAGACGUCAGGAAUGACUUGAUGCAACCGGACUCAAGGGUUAGGAAAGCAUCCGCAUUCUUCCUCAAAACACUUGAAGCAAUUAUACCAGCUUGGGAGGAAGCUCCUGAUAUCGGCCCUCGCUCACCAGCGGAAAGCGUCCGUCGUGCUCUCGACUUUGCAGUACUCGCGAUAUGCUUUGAAUCAUCUAUGGUGAUGAAUGGAGUCGCAAAUAACCGUCGUUCGUUACUCGCAGCGUGCAAGCUCAUUAGUUUACUGGCGCCGCACCUCGUUGAACUUAGUUGGUCGACAGAAGAACUCGUCAUUCUUCUUUCUAGCUUCGCACCCCUUUCUUCCGUAGGUUCUGAAGAUGGCUCAAGUAGAAAAUGGGAACCAUUUAUUGACCCUGGAAAUGCUACCGGUGUCAGGCAUUCUCCAAAAGCUCGGGUGAGCCGACAUGGACUAACGACGCGACAUUCGUCGAGGCAACUUCAGGCAAUCAUCUGGCAGAGCUCUGACGUCCAAGACGCACUAGCUGCGGUGCUGACCAGCUUCCGAAAAAUUUUAAAGACAUACAUUACCGAAGAAGGAAAGGCAUCAGGCAAGCACACCUCACCUGUCCUCGAAGACGAAAAAGACGGAUUUGGCCCGAUCCGAACGUCAAAUGCCCCGAUCAUCGAUAUGACUAAUGAAACAGGCGAUCAAAGUGUCUUCAAAAGAAUUAUAUGUAUGUGUGUCGAUAGUAUCGCUAUGGCUCCAGUCUUGCGAUCUUCCGAAGGUCAAGUGGCGCGAGAUAAGACUUUGGCGGAUGUGGUUUGUAGCUCCGCGAGCGUCGAAAAGUUCCAAGUCAUUAUAGAACCCUUCUUGCUUCAUGUUCGGCAAGAAAACAUCCGCCCGACUCCAUCAAAUAUCGAUGCUCUCUUGACAUAUAUUGAAGAGCCUUUGCUGUCUUACAACUACGGGUGCUCGGACGAUCUUCACUCCACUGUAAUCCAACUGCUUGACGCUACCGCGCACAUUUGGCUGCAGCGCUCGUUUCCAGCGGAAACGGCUUCCAAAGUUCGAACUGUAAUUGCGUGGCUAGCUAACAAUCUCCGAAAUGAAACACUCUGUUGGUGGCGCACCAGAGACGCACUUUGUCGGUUUUUCGACCAUUAUCUGAGUCUCGAUCCCUUGAGACUGUUUUUGACCGAUCAGACGGAUGGAGAUGCACUGGAUACUGAGAAUCUUCCGGAUAGUCUUCUUCCCUUCAUGUCAAAAGAUGAGGAUAUCCGAGUGAGGUUUACAGCAGCUCUUUCUUGUGCUCGACUAUUUUCGACGCCAUAUAUUCGUACCAAAGACCAGAUGCAAGUGUACACCGUUAUUCGAGAGCAGCUCUGCCGUGAAUUGGAUAACUACGAGCACAUGUUGACAAGGUUUCUCUGUUUGGCGGACAUUAUGAUUGCUAGUUCUGCCGUAAGGCGCGGUCCAUACUGGCAUCUCUUAGAGGUGUGUCUCCAUUCGGAGAUUUACGUGAAGCACGUCGAAAGCGUCCUUCGCGUGGCAGCAGAGAAGAUGGGUCUUGAUCGGUUUUCGGAGUUAUUCCAGUCGUAUGCUACUCAGAUAGCAUACUCUGUUCGCUUAUCCGGGAAGGAUUUCUUUUUCCUUCCACCACAUUUGCUUGGUUAUCGAGAUCGGCAAGAGUGUACGGAGGCGACUUUCACUGCGUUCUCACCGACGAAUCUGCUUGCGGGUCUGCGGGAUGGUGACGAUCUUAUUCAAGGACGCGGUCCUUUUGCGCACCAUUGCGACAUGCUUGGUAUAGCUCCAAUUGAUGGACUGCUGAAGUGUUUUGCCGAUGUGGUAGGAUACUACAUUGUCUUCUGGGUAGAUGAUCAUCAAGUUCCUGGGUCGGAUGAACCGCCAUUCGGCGCUGGGGUAGUAAAUGUGGGCCUUUCCGAGCUUUCUAGAGACUUACCCAUGGUGUUUGCAAGUUUGGGAUCCCCGGAAUUUCUUCGCCAACUUGUUGCUCAAAAUAUAGAUGGGAUUGUCUGUGCUAUUCUACGUACGAAUGGGGACAUGGACCUGAACCGCGAUGGUGCUAUCGUUAAAGUAUUCGAGAAUCUCAACAAACCAGACCGCUCUAUUCGUGCCUUCCGAACUUUAACGCAGUUCCAAGAUCAAGUCGGAUUUGAUACCCACGCGCCUAACCUACCUGCAUUUAGUGCGAGUAUUGUCCUCUUGGCCCUCGAUUGGCUCUGUGAACAAGUUGAAGCGGCAAACUCGGCUGCGUCCACAUAUCACGUCAUGCAAUACUUUUUCGCAGCUAUAGCUCAAUGCCCGCUCGUUAACGAACAGCUUCGCUUGUUGACAUGUCUAUGCAUCUGGAUCUCGCUCGCAUAUACGCACUUCAAAAGUGUGACCUUGCUUAGGGUGCUAAUGAGUGGCUCGGCCGCGUUACUCGCACAACCGGAACUUUCUGCAAUCGCCCAGGGUAUGUUGGGAUGGGCCUUUAUCCACUUGCGCGAGUUGCAGCGUGAUACACCUCACGUUGUCGAAAUUUUAAUACGUAUCUCCUCGAUCUCACGCGAGUUCAUGGAAUCGGAUGACGAAUUCACGCGAAAGACGGGUGCCAGAUUGAAGACAUGGAUAGAGACGGAAGUCGUUUCUCUUGCGCAAGUGGAUUGCCUUCGAAAGCGAAUCUCUGUUUCUCUUGCAGCAUGGCCUAUCGAGCUUAGCGAAAGUCUCGUCGCGGUACGUGGGGAGCUUGGUUUUGCAGAGCUGUCAGCUGUUCUGGAUGAUCCGUAUCUUUCGUAUCAUAAGUUCAAGAUAGUGCGGCAUCUCCCAGCCCUUGCAAAGUCUUCGUCGUAUGACAAAGAUCAAUUUGCACGUCAUGAUUUUUGGAGGCUUAAGGAUAGUAUCCCGUUGUCCGACAUGGCAGCAGAGGAACUCGACGCAUUUAACUCUUUGCUUAUAACGAACUCUGGACAUAUUCGAAGCCAGGCUGUCGAUCAGCUGUAUGGCAGGAGCGUCGGAACGAGACAAGUUAAACUAAGCGUGCAGAAAGCCACCAGCUCGACCAAGAGACCCAUUGUACAGGCCCUUGUAGAGCUGCUUACAGACCAGUCUGCCCGAGUCGUACACGUCGCGUAUCGUACUCUUCGUCAGCUUGCUGGAAGCGAAUCAUUAGAUUCUGCAGAAUACGGUAGCUGGCCACCUGAAUUCCGCGGUGAUAUCACUUACUUGGACUUUUGUCCGAGCAAAGAGGUCGGACAAGCAUCAAAAAACUUGUCCGCGAUCCAUGAGGCCCGGUUCAUAGAUUUGGGUGCAGAGUUCACGCAAUGGAUUUCCGAAAUUUCUGCGUUUCUUGCCAGUGUAUUGUCCGCAAGCGAUCGCUUCUAUGCCCACUUGACAGAUGUCUUGAAAGACAACUCAGACUUCUCGGCGCAGGUGUUUCCUGUGCUCGUUCAUACUUUGCUUCUGAACGGCCAAAGGCAAUCGAAUUCUGCGUCAGAGAGCGAGGUAAAGGCCGUUUUAUCCUCGUACCUGACCAAGCUGCUUUCGCAAGCUAAACUCGACGUUCAAUGCCAUCUUUCCGUAAUCAACCUAAUUUUACAUUUGAGACAGUUCGACUCUGGAGUCGCAGGUGAUGAGCUCGCGUAUAAUCGUUGGCUGGACCUGGACUUCAUGUUACUGAGUCGUAGCGCCAUUAAGUGUGGUGCGUAUACGACGGCAUUAUUGUUCCUUGAACUAGCCGCAGAGUAUAAGCAAGCCCCGGACGCAGACGACAAAUCGACAGAACAGAUACUAUUCGACAUCUACAGUCACAUCGACGAGCCCGACGGCUUCUACGGCAUCAAGACUCUCGACUUACAGGACUUCCUCGUUCGGCGAUUCCACCACGAGAGACAGUGGGACAAGGCCUUCCAGUUUCAUGGAGCCACUUUUGAGGCAGAAAGUGUAAAUCCUCGGGGUUCGGGUGGAAUAGUUGAGUCUUUGCACUCGUUCGGGUUUAACAAGCUGGCGAUGUCAACGUUGCAAACCAUGGAGGCUAGCUCGACAUUUUGUCAUUCUACAGACAUGGCAUAUUCCCUAGGAUGGAGAACUGGCACCUGGGAUUUACCGGAUCCUACGGGCAGCGGAAACUCGGGUGCUACUCUCUACGUCGCACUGCGGGCCAUCCACAGAGAGCGAGAUCCUGAUGCUAUCGACAAGAUAUUAUCAAAAUCCCUCUCCGAUGAGCUUCAUCGCUUGCGAACUCUGGGAAAUGAGAACCUGAUUCAGAUCCGCGAAGUCACGAAGAACCUCAUGUGUCUAGCACAGAUCAGACAAUGGAGGAGUGCCCCGAUUCAGAAUAGUCUUGUUACUCACUCUGUAAGCGUUGAGAACGGUCCGUGGAAAGAAUUUUGUGCCAUUCAGGACGAUGUCGAUUUUUCAGAUAUGGAAAGCAUUGUAGCGACACGCAUUUCACUCCUACGCUCGGCUCGGAUGAAGGAUCAGAAAGAGCAAAUCGGAACAAUGCAGUCGGAUUUGACUCGUGCUCUCCUUCGGCUGGAAAGAAGUUGUUUAAUGCGCCUUUCUGAAGCUGCGCGAGAAGCGAAUCAACCCCAGCUUGCCUUAAACUCCAUCCUCAGUGCGCUGCAGCUCGAUGGGGAUCCCGGUUGUGAAGUGCGACAGGAAUUCGCGAAUGUUCUGUGGCUUCAGCGAGAACAGAAAUUCGCCGUCGACUGCCUAAAAUCAGAGAUCCAGCAUCGCAAGGCCGAUACGUCUCAUCGUGAUUCCGAUCCCAUGAAAGUCCAGAACGCUUUGGCUUUGGCCAAACUCGGUGAAUGGACAAGUGAGGCUUGUCUUGAGAAACCAUCCUUCAUUCACUCACAAUAUUUCCUUCCCGCGAUCGAUCUGUUGGUUGGCGGAAGGAAGGAAAACUUGUCCCUCAGCGAAGUUCGAGCAGCUGUCUUCUACAAAUGCGCGCUAUUCGCAGAACAGCAAUAUCAGUUGUUGAUGGCAUCAGAGGAGAUAAAGCGUCUCCAGGUCUACCAGGAACGGAAAACACAGGAGAUUGCAGAGCGCAAGGAGGCAAUCGUUAGGGCACCGACAAGGAAACUACAACAGGAACUCAGUGGUCACCAAAAGAAGGCUGAGGCACUUUACGCCCAAGAUACGGCACAGCUCAAUGAAUUCAUUGGUGCUCGAGAGAAUUUCCUGCGCCAAGCAAUCGAGAUGCUUUCGUUGUGUCUACGGGCCUCAGAUUCAUUCGACAUUGACGCUGUAAUCCGACUGUGUUCUCUAUGGUUUGCAAAUUUCAAAGGGGAUGCUUCUAUCGUUCAGGGAAAUAUCACCAGGAUACCAUCCAGGAAAUUCGUCUUCUUGGCUCAUCAGCUCUCCGCUCGUCUUUCCGUUUCGGACUCAACGAAUACCGCCAACCAGAACGUAUUACAAUCGCUUCUUUUACGAAUGUGCAGCGAGCAUCCGUUCCACAGCUUAUACCAAGUUUUUUCGCUUCAAUCUUCCCGUAGCGACGCAUCGUCAUCCAAUCGACGACGGUCUAGUGUUAUACUUUCGGAGAACUCACAGACUGAUCGUGCUGAUGCUGCAUAUGGCAUAUUUGAACGUCUGCUGAGUAAUCCCGAAAGCUUGAAUAGAACUCGGGAUGUCAGAAAUCUCUGCAACGCAUACUUGGAAUGGGCUAAGUAUCCAAUCAAGGACGACCCAGCCAUCAAGGCAAAGAAGACCAGGACAGACAAAGCUGGCAAAUUGUUGAUUCCGAAGAACUUGGCCAUCUUGAGAAUUAGGGACUUACGUGUCCCUGUAACGACUGCUAAUACUCCUCUGGACCCAUCUAUGCGUUAUUCGGAUUGCGUCUGGAUAAGUAGUUAUCAAGAGAACUUCGAUGUAGCCGGUGGCAUAAACUUGCCGAAGAUUUGUUACUGUAUCGGAAGCGAUGGUGUCAAAUAUAAGCAGCUCUUCAAAGGAGAAGGAAACGACGAUCUUCGGCAGGAUGCUGUGAUGGAACAAGUGUUUGAACUCUGUAACCAAGUUCUCAACCGGGAUCGACAGACACGGAAACGAGAGUUGAGCAUUCGAUCAUACAAAGUCAUCCCUUUGGCUGCACAAGCUGGUCUGCUUGAAUUUGUCGGAAAUACCCGGCCACUCCAAUUCCUAGUUCCUGCGCACGAAAAGUAUAAUAAAUCGGAUCUCACAGCAAGGGAGUGCUAUAAGCGAAUGUCCGAUCGAAGGGCCACGACAGAACGGGGCUCGGGUGGAGCUGUGCUCAAGUCCGCACUCGUGAAAGAGUUUACAGAAAUACGACAGCUAUUCCGGCCAGUAAUGAGACACUUCUUUACUGAAUGUCGCAAGGAGCCUCAGGCAUGGUUCGAGAUGCGCCUGAAGUACUCUCGUAGUGUCGCGGUUACGUCGAUUGUUGGGCAUAUUCUAGGUCUAGGAGAUCGGCACCUUUCGAAUAUUCUCAUUGACACAGUCACUGGAGAAGUUGUGCACAUCGAUCUUGGGAUUGCCUUUGAGCAGGGAAAAUUGCUUCCGAUCCCUGAACGAGUUCCAUUCCGUCUUACGGCGGAUAUUGUUGACGGGUUUGGAAUGUCUGGAACUGAUGGUGUCUUCCGUCGAUGUGCUGAGGAGACGCUCAGAGUGUUACGCGACGGGUCGAGCGUUAUCAAGACCGUGCUGGAAGUGUUCAAGCACGAUCCGCUCCAUUCUUGGACGAUGAGUGCUAUGAAAAUUCGCAAAGCUCAGGCUGGCCCAUCGAAUAAUAACGAAAGUGACCGACCUGGGUCUGGCAUCGGCAUCGAUUUAAACAGUGGAGUGGAGGACGAAUCUGCGGAUCGGGCUCUCAGCAGCGUCGCGAAGAAGCUUGAUAAGUCUUUGAGCGUGGAAUACACCGUCAACGAGCUCAUUGCUGAAGCGACGGACGUUACUAAUCUUGCACUGAUGUUUGUCGGAUGGAACCCUUAUUGCUGACCAAUAUAACUUCUCACAUAUUCAUACCUGUACUCCUUUCUAAUGCACGCUCAGACCAGUUUACAAUUGCUAUCGUUUUCAUGCUUUCAUUUGAAACUUUUUGCUUGCCUGAAACUAUCAUUGUUCACGCUCCUGUUCAUGUCUUCAUUCUGCAACUGUAACAAAAUAGCACAAGAAAGCACAACUCCAUCUCUCCCCUUUUUUAUUCUCCUUGGGACUCAUCUGGUAGUUUUCUCACUUUUUGGUAGUAAUCUAUAGAGGACGGAUAUGUGCAUAAAUUGACCAUUAAAUCCC